AUGCGGUUGUCGGUGAGCCCCGCUGCUAGGGAGGGGCAGCGCCUCUCCUUCUCCUUCCCCUCCCCUCCCCUCCCACCCGGGCGCAUCUCCUUUCUCCCAGGCUGUGCUGAACCGGGGGCUUCCCUCUCCUUGCAGAGCCCGUGAAAUCAAAAGCCUGUCGCUGUUGCCCUCCCAGGGAUGGCGCCUGCCGGCCUUUCGGAGAGGGGCGAACAGCCGCGGCCGCCCCCCAGGCUCGCCGAGGCACUGACCACGCUGGGGCUGGAUGGGGAGCGCGAGUACGCAGGAGAUAUCUUCGUCAGUGUCAUGGCAGGCCGGGCGCUCCCCAAGACGGACUUGCCUUGUGCGGUGACAGCGGAGAUGCGUGCCCUUGUGGUGGACUGGCUGGUGCAGGUGCAUGAAUACCUGGGCCUGGCUGGGGACACGCUCUAUCUGGCUGUGCACCUGUUGGAUUCGUACUUGCGCGUGGCACCCGUGAGGCUGCGCCGCCUGCAGCUGCUGGGGGUAGCCUGCCUCUUCGUGGCGUGCAAGGUGGAGGAGAGUACCCGCCCCGAGCCAGCUUCCCUGUGCCUACUGGGCGCCGGCUCCUUCUCCCCGGCUCAGCUGCUCCGCGCUGAACGGCGCCUCCUCAGCCGCCUGAACUUCCAGCUCUACUACCCGGGCCCCCUUCUCUGCCUGGGCCUGCUGGCCGCCCUGGCCCGAAGCCGACCGCGGGUCGUGCUCUUGGCCACCUACUUCUUGGAGCUCUCUGUCCUGGAGGCCGAAGCCGAGGACUGGGAGCCGGGCCGCCGAGCUGCUGCAGCCCUAGCCUUGGCCCAGCGCGUGCUGUUGCACGAGGCCGGAGAGCCCCCCGAACUGGGUCUCUACAGCAAGGCGGAGCUGGGCCCCAUCGAGCCGUGUAUGGCCCGAGCGGCGCUGCGGGGUCCCGCCCCCGGUCGGGCCGCAGUCUUUCUCAAGUACGCGCGACCCCAGAGGCAGUGUAUCAGCCUCACUGCCGCCCGCCUGCUCUCCAGGACCUGCCCCACGCCUCCCUGA